UUAAUCGGAAACCCCAGUUAAUCGGGUGAUGGGGGCGUGGUCAGUGGGCGUGGCUCCAGGCGGAGGAGGGAGUGUCUCCCGGUUGAACAGGUUAGGGCGGUUGAGCGAGUGAAGAGAAGAGACACCUUUGUUUUCCACUCAGAAGAAAAGAAGAAGUUUGCUCUCAAAGGUUAUCUUCUCUGAUUGGACCUUUGCUAAGUCCCUCCCCUUGUGACAAGCCGCCAUGUCAUCUGCCAUCAGAGUGUCCCUGGACAACCCCUACGGUCAGGUGACCAUCCCUCGAGCUAAACUGCGUACCUCCGGUGACGACAGCAUGGUGAUAGCCAAUUCAGCUGCAGUCAACGGCAAUAACGCAAACCCCUACAUGGGGUCGGGCGCCGCCCCGCCACCAUAUUUGGUGAAGGAAGUAUCCGGGGGGGAAGAGGAGGGCGGACGCUGCGCUUGCUGCUACCGCUGCAGGCGGAGGAAGUGAUGUCAUCGCAGCUGAUUGGCUCCGGGUUUGUUUCCUUGAAGGAAGAAGUCGACUGAACCGGACCAAGAAAGAACCCGAAAGGUGGCCAUUUUGUUUGUGUAACCAACAAACCUCCCGUUUGAGUUCUGGAACACACUGGAAACCACAGACUGAUGCUAUUAUUUUGAAAAAACACUAUUUAAACCAGCUGAGUCAACUUUCACCAACAAUUAACUUUGUCGUCUCUUUUAGCCUUUCAAAAUGUUUGUAUUGUCCUCGGAAAAUUCUUUUAUCCAAGGAAAUUCUACUUUUAUCCUCAGAAAAUUCUACCUUUAUCCUCGGAAAAUUCUACUUUUAUCCUAUGAAAUUCUACUUUUAUCCUCGGAAAAUUCUACCUUCAUCCUUGGAAAAUUCUUUUAUCCUAGGAAAUUCUACUUUUAUCCUCGGAAAAUUCUACCUUCAUCCUCGGAAAAUUCUACUUUUAUCCUAUGAAAUUCUACUUUUAUCCUCGGAAAAUUCUACCUUCAUCCUCGGAAAAUUCUACUUUUAUCCUAUGAAAUUCUACUUUUAUCCUCGGAAAAUUCUACCUUCAUCCUCGGAAAAUUCUACCUCUAUCCUCGGAAAAUCUACUUUUAUCCUAGAAAAAUUAUAUUUUUAUCCUAUGAACAUGUUUGUUUUGCAAGGUCAAAGGUUUAGUUUGUGUUUUUCUGAAUGACUGAAGCUGGAACGUAAUGUACGUCGGUGGUGGCGUAACGUGACGUUCCUGAAUGAAGGAGGUAUUUGUUCUUUCUCUGCGGUGAUGUCAUCAUUGCUGUGGUCAUGGCUAAAACUUCGUUAGCAUUUGUCAUCACCUUUUUUGGUCAAUGAUUGAAAUGAUUGCACAAUGAUUGUUGUGCAUUCAUAGUGUUUUUAUAUCUGCUUUCUGAACUUGUAUUCUUUUUAAUCAUUUCUUGUACUGUUUUUAUACAUUUAUUUUAUAUCCUCUACACUCUUACACUGAGAGAGCAGGUCUGUACAAAUAAAGAAACAUUUGGGAGGAUCAAACAAAUGAUCAGGACUAUCGAUGAGUUGAUUUUGAAUGAGUUUAACUUGUUCUUGGCCACAGAGAGGAAAGAAGAAAGGAGGAAAAGGAAACAAGAACAAGGAAAAGAGCAAGAUCCCAAGAGAUGUGUCCUUGGUUUUACCUGAGCCCUCCUACCCUGAAGUAUUCCUUCAACUGAUCCGCAACAUCCCCACCAUGACACCACCGUGUUGACUGGGUACUGCUUCCUCCUCCUGAGACGGUCGUCCAGAAUCUCCUCGAAGCCGUCCGGAAGUCGUUCACCAUGGCUUCUCCGAACUCUUCUCAUGUCCAUGGACCCCGUUUCAUUCACCCGUUCCCAUCUUCCGGCCAAAUGAAAGACAGAACCCCUCGACUGUUAUACUUGUUUUGCUCAGACCAUUGGGGCCACUCUCUCCAAAGAUAACUUUCUCCUGGAGUCCUUGACGAAACCUGUGACGCCAGAAGAUAGCCGGCACCUUCGCUGACCCGAUAAUACUUGCCAUUGGCUGGCCACCAGUCCAGAGUGUACCCCGCCUCUCUCCCAAAGUCAGCUGGGAUAGGCUCCAGCAUACCCGCGACCUUGGUGAGGAUAAGUGGCAUAGAAAACGGAUGGCUGGAACUUCCUAAGUUAGCGUGUGAUAGCAUGAUGUGUGACACCAGUGACGAUGGACUGAUUAUUCAAACGUUCAUUGUCAUGCUUCAUUUCCAACGUCUUGUUCGCAUAAGAGUAGAAAAAGAGAAAAAUGUGGCAAUACAGGAUGUCGUCCAAUCAGAAGUCAUCUGAGUCCUGUUGCUAGGUAACAGCUGUGUAACCUGACGCAGCACUCAUCCAGUUACAGGACAGUAAAAGCUCUUUAGAAAACAUUGUUGGUCCAAAUGUUGCAAAGUGUCCAUUGGAAAGUCUUGUUUUCUCUUCAGUUGCAAACAUGUGGUUUGUCAAGCAUGAAGAGCAAACACACAACAUUUAUGAGGAUGAAUUAUUGAUGAAGGCCAAACAAACACCAAGAGGAGGGCAGAAGAACACGCGCGACCAACAAGAAGACAUGGACAACACGAUGGAAUAAGAACAGCCGAGGAAGAAAGGAGCACCAAAUGGAAGCCAUUGGUCGGCUAGCUUGACACACUACACGCCAAAAUGUCCACACACAUAGAAGAGGGGGCAUCCUCUGUUGCCAUGGAGACGGUGACAUCACUCAAGCGCCAGGACCUGGUGUGCAUCGUGUGCUUUGGCAGCUAUGACCUCGCCACGCGGUUGCCAAGGCGACUGCACUGCGGCCACACCUUCUGCCAGGCGUGUCUGAAGAGGUUGGACACGGUCGUCAACGAGCAGGUGAGCGUGACAUGGUCACGUGACAUUCACACAGGAAGUGAUCGCAACCCACUUCCCCCUCCUCCCCAGGUGUGGAUCCCUUGUCCCCAGUGCCGCCAGAGCACCCCGUGUCCACGGGGGGGUGCAGUCGGCCUGGACCUGGACCUGGCCUCCUUCCUGGCUAUCAAAACUCAGCAGACAGGCACCUCCCCCUGGAACGGUGAGGCAGCUGCCGGCGAUCCCGUCCAGGACAGGAAGGUCUGGGCGGCGAAGGACAUGGGCGUGGACGGCUGGUCCCACGGAGGUCUGGCUGAGCCGCGCUUUCAUCGCCACGGCAACUGCUGCCCGCCGCUCUCCCAUUGGCUCUGCUGCUGCUUCUGCUGCCAGAGGCGGAGUUAAAAAUGAUGGCUGUGAUGAAUUCCUCAAAUUCCACAAGCACGACCUUUGUCCCCGUCACCCACAGAACAUCAACAGGAAGUGACAUGCAGAAAAUUAUUCUC